CGGAGGAAAACAAGGGGGGCUGGCUGCUUUUCUCUCUUCUUCUUCUCCUUCUUUCUCCUUCUUCCAAGUCUUUUCUUUCGCGGAAGAACGACACUUUUUUUGGGUGGGAAACCCUUCCGCGCGUGCUUCAUCCUCUCAUGCCGCGGCGCGGUGUCUGGCAGCGGGUGGAUUUUUUACGCUGUUGAGGGGAAAAAAGCUUUUUGCGCACCCCCAGGAUUCACCUCCUCCUCCUCCUCCUGCUGCUGCUGCUGCUCCUCCUGCUCCUCUCCCCGUUUCCCCCAUUUUCUUCGCAUCCUUCUCUCCAAGGUGGGAUGAAUUUGGACAGAGUCGCAGAGGCGGCGAGAGCACCGGCGGCGGCGGCGGCGGUGGCAGUGGCCCGCGACGCCGCCCCCGCGUUUCACUUACCGAGAACUUCCAACAGCAGUCGGGAAACUUUAGAGAACUCCAGCAGCGAGUCCUCGGACACGGAGCUGGCAGAAAAGGAGCGGAGCGCGGAGCACCGGAGCGAUGACGGGAACGCGGACGACCCCAAGAAGAAGAAGCAGCGGCGGCAGCGGACUCACUUCACCAGCCAGCAGCUGCAGGAGCUGGAGGCCACGUUCCAGAGGAACCGCUACCCGGACAUGAGCACCAGGGAGGAGAUCGCCGUGUGGACCAACCUGACCGAGGCCAGAGUCCGGGUGUGGUUCAAGAACCGUCGCGCCAAGUGGAGGAAGCGCGAGCGCAACCAGCAGAUGGACCUGUGCAAGAACAGCUACCUGCCGCAGUUCAGCGGGCUGAUGCAGCCGUACGAGGACAUGUACCCGGCCUACACCUACAACAACUGGACCAACAAGGGGCUCGCGCCCGCGCCGCUGUCCACCAAGAACUUCACCUUCUUCAACUCCAUGAGCCCGCUCACCUCGCAGUCCAUGUUCUCCGCGCCCAACUCCAUCUCCUCCAUGACCAUGGCGUCCGGCAUGGGCCACUCCGCGGUGCCGGGCAUGGCCGCGCCGGGCCUCAACAACAUCAGCAACCUGAACGGGAUCGGCACGUCCGGCAUCAACUCGGCCAUGUCGCCGUCCGCGUGCCCGUACGGACCCCCCGGGUCUCCGUACAGCGUUUACCGGGACACGUGCAACUCCAGCCUGGCCACGCUCAGACUCAAGUCCAAACAGCACCCCACGUUCGGCUACAGCAGCCUGCAGAGCCCCGGCGCGAGCCUCAACGCCUGCCAGUACAACAGCUGACGGGAAACGGCGCGAGGCCCCCCCCCCCCCCCAAAAUAAUUAAUAAUUAAGAAAAAUAUAUGUGACGAAACGGACACGGUGUCAGAGCUUAAAGGCGACCUGCGGAUUGGUUGAGAGGGAGGAGGGAGGGGGGGGGGGGAUCAGAGACAACUAAACUGGAUUAGUUGCAAUCAUUUUUUUCCAAAAAGAAAAAGAAACAAAAAAAAGAGGAUUAUGCGGGUUUGAUGUUGUUUACCAAUGAACUUGCACAGCAGUUGAAAUGUCCAGGAUUAGUUUUUUUUUUAAAAUGAUGAUGAUGAUGAAGACGUGUUACAUUGCUGCAUUGUACAUAUAUAAAUGUAAAUAUAUACAGGCUUAACAUAUGAAACAGACGAUGGGAUUUUCUUUUUUGUGUGUGUGCGCUUGCUUGCUUUUGGAGAGACAAAGAGGAGGGGAGGAGGGAGGGAGGGAGGGGGUCUUGACCAAAAUUUGGAUUUGCAAAAACAAUAACAAGUAAAUAAAGUGUGGAGCAUAUCACGAAUCGAGACGAGAGAAAAGAGACCACGCCCAUAUUGUACAUAUUUUAUACCGCUUCUGUGUGCUUGCCAUGUGCCGCCUCCCCGCUCCGUUACUGUAUACUUUCACAUGUUUUUUUGUUUGUUUUCUUCUCAUUUUGUUUUGCUGAAAUAGGUUAUAAAAAAAAUGAUAUAAAAAUAAGAAAAAACCCCACCCCCGCAUGUUUAAACUUGAGUGCAACGUGUUUUGUACCACAAUGUAAAACUUUGCAGAAGUAAAAAAAAUUCAUUCGCCUAAAAAACUGUUGUCAAGAGAAAAAAAAGAAGGUGAUUCCAAGUCCUCGUGUGUUUAUGGUAACAUGUUUAUUUGAAUAAACUCCAGGAAAAGAGA